AGGAAGCACGGAAGGAACCCUAGAGUGUUACAAGUUGGAUCGAGAGCGAGGGGAAGUUCUUUUUCUCUUGAGCACCUGUCGGGGCGGUCGAGUGUAGCUUCGAACGAUCUGUCACAGCGGGAGGGAUGGGUGCUUACAAGUAUAUCGAGGAGCUAUGGCGCAAGAAGCAGUCUGAUGUGUUGAGGUUUCUGCUGCGUGUGCGAUGCUGGGAGUUCCGUCAGCUUCCCGGCAUUGUCCGCAUCACCCGUCCCUCCCGACCUGACAAGGCCCGCCGUCUCGGGUACAAGGCCAAGCAGGGUUACGUGGUCUACCGAAUCCGCGUCCGCAGAGGAGGAAGGAAGAGACCUGUUUCCAAGGGUAUUGUUUACGGAAAGCCCAAGAACCAGGGUAUCACCCAAUUGAAGUUCCAGCGUAACUUGCGCUCCGUGGCUGAGGAGCGUGCCGGGCGCAAGCUUGGAGGAUUGAGAGUUCUCAACUCCUACUGGAUUAAUCAGGAUUCCACCUACAAGUAUUACGAGGUUAUUCUCGUAGACCCAGCGCAUAAUGCUAUCCGCAACGACCCUAGGAUUAACUGGAUUGUGAACCCGGUCCACAAGCACCGUGAGCUGCGCGGAUUGACAUCUACCGGAAAGAAGCACCGUGGUCUUCGUGGUAGAGGUCACCUUUACAACAAGUCACGACCGUCAGUGCACGCAACAUGGAAGCGUCACAACACAUUGUCCCUGCGACGAUACCGUUGAGCUUGUAGCAGAAUUUUUGUAUGUAGUUUUAGGCGUAAUGGGGAGAUGACCUUGUUGAGAAUGAUGUUUUUGGUACAUCCAAUUAUUAAUUUUGAUGAACCGAGGAUUUCAAGAUGGUUCCUGUACGCUCUC